AUGAAGUUCGGGUUGUUGUUUAUUGCUACGAUGCUGACAACUGUUUUAGCGGAAUUAGGUUACUUGGUUUCCUUGAAGCCUUCUGAAUCACUUGAAUCUUUCUUGAAAUCUGAUAUCCAGUACCCAGAAGGACAACAAGUAAAGGCCCAAAUCAAGAAUUCGUUCUCCAUUGGCACUUUCAGAGGUUUUUCGGGUAACUUCUCGCAGGCCAUGGUCGAGAGAUUGAGGAAUUGUCCACUAGUGAGCCAAGUCUCUGAGGAUAUAGCUGUUAAUGCUGUUGCUGUUCAAGAGCAAGCGCCUCGCCAUUUAGUAAGAUUAUCCCAGAGACAAAAGCUUGAAUCCGACGACCACAGCUAUAUCUUUCAAGGAAAUGGUGCAGGGGUGUUAGUGUAUGUGGUUGACACUGGUGUGGCUGCUGAACAUCCUGAAUUCGAGGGUAGAGUGUCUUUUGGGGCAGAUAUUACUGGCGAGGGAAGAGGGGAUCCAAAUGGCCACGGCACACAUGUUGCCGGAAUCGUGGGAUCCAAAUCGUACGGAGUUUCGAAGAAUGUGGAAAUAGUUGAGGUGAAGGCUUUGAACAAGAAUGGAGCAGCUUUUGCCAGUACUUUGAUCGAGGCACUCGAGUUUGUCGUUCAGCACAGGCUAAGAACAGGCAAGCCUGGGGUGGUUAAUUUAUCAUUGGGAGCUGGAAAACAUCCAGUAUUAGAGGAUGCAGUGAAGGCAGCAGCAGCAACGGGAUUGGUUCUUGUUGCAGCAGCAGGAAAUGCCAAUACAAAUGCAUGUAACAUUAGUCCUGCCAACUCUCCAGAAGCAAUCACAGUAGGUGCUAUUGAUGAUCUUUACGAUACCAUGACUGCCUUUACGAACUGGGGAAGCUGUGUGGAUUUGUUUGCCAGUGGAAUGUUUGUGCCUAGUAUCAACGUAAACGACGACAAUUACCCCCUGUAUCUAUCAGGAACAUCCAUGUCUGCCCCAAUUGUUGCAGGGUUGGCAGCGAACUUGUUGAGUGAAGGGAUUCCACCAAAAGAUAUCAAGAGGAAGAUUCUAGAUCUAAGUACUAGAGGAGGUAUACCAUGGCCCACGCUCUUCUUCAAGUGGGGAACUCCCAAUCGAAUUGCCUAUAAUGGAGCAGAAAACUUUGAAGACUACAUGCAAACGGCAGCCUGA